UUUUUGCCUUUUUUUUGCCUUUAUUUGAUAGUGACAGCUAAAGAUAGACAGGAAAGGGGCAUAGAGAGAAAGGGGAUGAGUCACAGCAAAGGGCUGCAGGUCGGAUUCGAACCCUGGGCCGCUGCAGCAAGGACUCAGCCUCGGUACAUGGGACCACUGAGCUAACUGGGCACCCAGGAGUGAUACAGUUUUUUACACUUGACCAAAAACCGCUGGCAUAAUGCCACCCCAGUGUGUGAGUUAUAGAUAGUGUGCUGGCGUGAGGAAGCAAAAGAGGGGCUUUUUCAACAGUAUGACACUAUUCAGUCUGGAAACAACACACUUCACACUGUUGGCUAUUGGUAUUGGUCUUUACUCACCAACAAACUGUAAGCUACACUACAGUUCCACCUUGAACAGGCUGUGUAAAAGGGGUUAUUGAGAGUGUUUGGACAUCCUUGGCACUGGAACGAUGCAGGAGAUGAUGUGGAGCGCUGUGAUUCUACUGGCCGCUGCCCUCGGAGUGGAGUCCUAUACUGUCCAUGAUCUCCAUGAGCGUUUGGCCCACGGUCGCCAGCUGAAGAUCUACCUGCCCAAAAGUGCUGAAAAGCUGGAGUUCAUCCCAGCUGAUUAUCCCAGCCAGGUCAUGGUGUACUGGGAGAAAGGCUUUCACAGGGGACACAGAGGCAGGGUGUCUGGCACUGGCAGCGACCGACGCUGGUACAUUGACAAGGUGACCUAUGAGGACCAGGGGACGUACACUCAGAAAGACUUCUGGAAUAAAGAGAUCUCCACUGUCAAAGUGGCCGUCAUACCCAGACAUAACUAUGUGAAGUGUGUAGCAGGAGAGAGUCUCCACAUCUCACUGGAGGGCAUUGACGUGGCUGACUCAUUCCUCUCAUUCUCCGGGGAGGCUGGCAACUUUACACUGGUGCAACAUGGUACUUGGGUGCCCCACAGCUUUCCGGAUUACUUGGACCGGAUUGAGAUCCACUCCACGACAAUCUCAAUCAAGAAUGUGAACUACACUGAUGAGGGACGUUACACCCUGAAAGAUCGCAGGGACCGGGUGGUGUCUAUUACUAGGAUGGACUUGACAGACCAUCAUGAGUCCCAGGGAAACCCUCUCAUUGCUCUCCUCUUACUGCUGGGCAUCCCGGCUGGGAUUUGUUGCUGUUGUCGGAAGAAGAUUUUCAAGAAGAAAGCCAACACUGCUGCAACGCUACAGACUACCCCACAAGCAGUCCAUCCUCCUCCCGGUGGUCCUGUUGGACCUGCUCCUCCCUACAGCACUCCUGGACAACCAGGAGCGGUGUACUACCAUGGCCCUGACCCUAGCAUGGGUCCUUCAUUCCACCCUCCUCCGAUGACAGGCCCAGGACAGUGGAACGGCCCCCCACCCUCCCCAGGUUAUAACCCAGCCUACCCACCCCAGAACCCUGGCUAUCCUCCUGUCGGUCCAGCUAUGAACCCCCCCACCCUGCCUUCACAAUGGAACGGUCCACCACCAGGCCAGUACCCUCCUGGACCUGGAGCUCCAAUGGGCUAUGCUCCAGGUCCAGUCAUGUAUAGCUCUCCUCCACCAGCAGCAGCUAGUGAACCUGGUAAAGAGGAGCUCAAGAUGGAGAAUAUGUAUCCCUCACCUGCUGACCCCCUGUUGACUGCCACACCACAGGCUGAAGCUGCAUACUCUCCUGUGGCCCCUGUAGCUCCUGUGGCCCCCUCCUCUGACGAUGCCUACAAGUUCCAGGUCGACAAAUCCACCACCAACUUCCUGUAGGGACACCAACUACUGCAGCAGCAGCUUCCUCACCGGUCCUUCCUCACUUUGAUGUUACAGUGCCCCUCUGUGGCCAUUUUGCAUUCCUCUCUCCAAGCAUUUAAAUCAGGGACGCGUAAUGGCGCAGGUGGAUACGAUGAACAACAUGUGGACAUUAGAUUUUAUUCUGUGCCUCCUUGCCUUGAUGAUGUGUUUUAGGCCAAAUGAUCAAUUCUCUGGUAUUAAAUUUAGCUGUGUUUUUGCAGUCAGCAUGUAGGAGUUAGUGGAGAUUUCCAGAGGCGAGGAGACAAAAAAAGGUUUUUACGUGUUAGCAACUGGAACAGAGAUAAAAUAGCUUAAAUACAGGGCUAGGUUCAGUUUACCAAUUGUUUAAGAGAUGUCAUUAGCACAUAAUUGUUGUUUCUAUCUACAUUUUCACUGAUUCCAGCCCUGUUUUUCUUUUUCUUUGAUUCCUUGUUUCUAUUUACGAUUAGCGAAAGCUGACUCCCAAUUUAAAGUGCCAGGAAAACAAAGGAAUCAAGACAAAAACUUUAGGUUUACCAGUCAGUAUAGAUGCAACAAAAGGAAGCAAAGCAGUUCACUGGGAAAAUGAUUGACUGAAAAUCACUCAAUAGUAAGUAGUAGCUAACAGAUGUCUUAGAUGAGAAAUGUUUCAGCCUUGAGGUAUAUUCAUACAGCUCCUGUUACUUUUGACCUCUGUACCCUUAUUAUUUCUUCCGUUGUCUCCAUAAUUUCCUGAAGGAGAGUCAUACAGCUUUGCAAAACAUAUAUUUACUACGUAUAUAUAUAUACGAUAUUUAGAAACUGUGUCAGCUGGAGCUAAUAAAUCGGCCUUGAGCAACCUCAGGUCUGAUGGUGAGCCUCUUACAAUUCCCAAUGAAAAAACAAACUAAAAACCCCACUACAGUGUAGAUACUGCCAUACUCCUCUGACAUACUGUGAGACAGCAUUGGAACAUGCAUGAUGCCGCUGUGAAGAAGCCAGUCACAGACAAAGUUGUCAAGCUUUGUACCCAAACUGCCACAUACAGUGAAAUAGCAUCAGUCCUGUGUGGCUUUUUGUUGUUGGUAAAGUAUAGACCCAGACAGCAAAAACUAGUUGAGGGUUAUCUUACAGUAAUUAUAUUUGGCCUGGAGCCCCAGACAACAACCAGUGUUCCUAUCCUGGAAUACUACUAGGUCCCAGGUUUGCUGUCCAGUAGCAUUGUAGAUACACCGAUCAGCCAUAACAUUGUGACCACCUGGGCACCCUGGUGGUCCCAUACCAACAGACUGCUCUGCACUGUGUGUUCUGACCUCUUUCUAUCAGAACCAGCAUUAACUGUUUCAGCAGUUUGAGCUACAGUAGCUCGUCUGUUGGAUCGGACCACACGGGCCAGCCUUCACUCCCCACCUGCAUCAAUGAGCCUUGGCCCCCCAUGACCCUGUCUCCGGUUCUUUUCCUUCCUUGGACCACUUUUGAUAGAUACUGACCUCUGCAGACAGGAACACCCCACAAGAGCUGCAGGUUUGGAGAUGCUCUGACCCAGUCAUCUAGUCAUCACAAUGUGGCCCUUGUCAAAGUCGCUCAGAUCCCCCCACUGACAGGAGCCAUGAUAACAAGAUAAUCACUGUUAUUCACUGUCAGUGCUCACAGUGUUGCUGAUCGGUGUACACCAAAUAGAUCUGGAUGACUGAGAAUCUUCACAAAUGUCUCACAGUUUUUUUAUACGUCUUUUGGCCCCCGUAUGAGUAUAGGCCCCGGGUAACACAGAACCUGCCUCAUGGCCUUUAGUAUAUCAGCUGAAGUGGUGCUUCAGCGGUGCAUAUUCGCAACUAAGGGGCCGGUCCGACAGCCUUUACCAAACACCUUGGUAAAGUGCGUUGGGCACAGAUUGUGGAGCAGGGCCGCAAGCGCAACCGUUAAAAAAAAUUUGAGCUCUUGCCGUUGGGCUCUCUCUAUUGUCUAGAUCAGUGGUUCCCAACCUUUUUUCCUUGAAGCCCCCCUUGCCUGUGUCCAAGACAAGUCAGGCCCCCCCAACCCCAACCCCUACUCGCAUACAGGCACUAAAUAGGUAAUAAAUAGCUUAAUGAAUUUAAAUGUGGACCAAAAAUAUGUUUUGAUUUGGAUUAUACAGAGUUUUGAUUAUCCAAUUGGGUGUGUUAUUGGGAUUUUAUAAAUUUAAUUUUUGUAAAUAAUAAUUUUGGUAACCUCACAACCUCAGCAGACAAAGUUGUGCGCAGCCCUGCGAUCUUGGCAACCACUGUUCUAGACACAUCUCGGUGUGAACGGCUACUGACAAAUCACAAUCCAACUGACAAAUUGUCAUCCUUGGGCUUUUGGGGUCUCGGUUGCCUGCUUAGACCUGGUUGGUAACCCAGUCUUGGCCCCCGGUCUUGAGUCAGGUUUGGGUGUCAAAUCAUCAGAACUCUAAUCAUGAUAAGAUUUUCUUAUGAGCUAGCUACCUCAUUUUUGGAUUCUGUGCCUCUUCACAGGUCAACACUGUCGGGACAGUCUGGGUUUGAUGGUAUGAGAUGAACUGAACUCACCACAACCCCCCCGACCCCUCGUCCGUUAGUGAUAAUUCCAUUCAGAUGAUCUGGAUUUGGUGUGAAGGCUCUUGUAACCCACUAAACCGUAGGAAUGCUAACAGAAAAAACACUUUGACUGCCUUUCAGGGUGCCUCCUUACUAUUGCAGCAAAAAAACAUAUCACUCAUUAUCCAAUCAGAGCCUCUGACACCACCCGUAUAUCAUCACAGUGGAGCAGGAAGUAGCAGCAUUCACUAAACAGUGUAGCAACUGCAUGUUUGUCAGUUAUCACCCUAGAUCAGGGAAAUGUAGUUUGGCCACCACCCCCUUUUUGAUCUGUCAUCCUCUUUUAUUAUUGUUUAAUUAUCACUUGUGAAUUGAUUUACCCGACUGGUCGAUGCCGUUGUAUAUAAUUACAAAAGUGAAUGCACAGUUUGACCAACAGUAGACUGAUGAGUGUUCCCGUGUCCGUCCUUUUAUCGACGAUGGAGGUCAGAAACCUUCCCACUUAUCUAGAACAUUCACAUUAAAACCACUAAGAGGCCUCAUUAAACUGUAAAUAUCAUCACAAUGCCUUUCUCUGCCAAAGUCUGAUUUUAUUUACCAUAUUUUAGUGUUUUAUUUUGUUUGUCGAGGUGAGUAAAUACAGUGAACCUUGAUACUGCAGUGUAAAUGGCCUUUCCAAUUUGCCUCCCAAUUACCCAUUCACUCACACAUGGCAGUGAGCUACCGUGCUGGUCUAACAAUUGGGAGCAUUUUGGGGUUCAGUGUCUUGCCCAAGGACACAAGAAAGAGCUUGUGAUCAAACUGGCAACCUUGUGAUCAAACUGGCAACCUUGUGAUCAGUGGACAACCCGCUCUACCACGCUGUCUCCACAGGGUAUGCAGACCAAAUGUAGGCCUGUCAGUCGUAGGUCGGCUGGGUUGUCUUUAUUUCUUGGAUAUGAUAAUGGGUGAGAUUACAGAUUUUUGUUUCGAAAUGAGAAAACCAAAAUUAUGAAACAAGCAAUUUCCAGACUAACAUUUAGAAAUGUGUGGAACAAAACGGAUUGUUUUUUAUUUUCAAAACGAAAAUAAAAAAUGCCCAUUUUCUAAUUUUGGUUUUCUCAUUUCAAAUUAAAAAUCAGUUGGCCACAAAGUACACUGACCAUAAAAAAAAAAAAAAAAGUGUCUUCGGCGUGACACCUUAAACCAGAGUUUCUGCGGGUUUUAACAGGUUUGAUUUUAAGACCAUCAUGCUUGCAAUGAAUGCACCUUUUUCGCAAAAAAAGUAUAAAGGAUAUGAUAUAUGAUUAAAUUCUUUCCCCAAAACACAUUUAAAAGCACGACUGAAAACGUUAUAACUUUGUACAUUCACUUCAUUAAUCAAAUAAUAAAGACAAUUUAAGACCCCACUGACACCCUGUUAAACUGGAACAAACAAGUUCUGGACUGCACUCUUGUCUGCAGUUCACAACAAAAUAAGCAGUGUGCUCCACUAAAGGGAGGAUUCCAUUUUAGGUGCCUUUUCAUCUCUCAAUGUGAAGUUGACUUUGGUCUCUUUUCUCUUCAACAUUUGUGUCUUUGGGUAGAUUGUCACAUGAACAGCAAAGUAAGGUCUUGUUUUUUGUACCUUUGUGUCCUAGAUCUGAUUUUCCUCGCAUGUAGCAAUGCUGAGAUGAACUGAUUUGUACUGUUUUUGUGUAAAUAUAACCAAUGAUAUUCACAAAGUGUAGUUGUAGUUGACAGUUACGGGUGCCGAUGGAGUUGGCUCCACAUCCACCUCUGGAUUUUAUGCCAAUGAACGCUGAAAUUGGUUUCCUACCUCUCAUUUUAUACCUAUUUAUAUUGUACACGUAUGUGCAACUCUGUGUCAGUGCAUAAAUAAAGGAAAGUUCUGAA